UCUGCCAGGCCUCAAACACACAGACUCUGACAGAGAGGAGAGACCGUCUCUUCUGUUUCUGGAUCUCUCCUUCCUGAACGACUGGAGAAACUUCCAGAGAUCCCGACCUCAGCUUUAAGACCAGGAGAGACCAGGAGAGACCAGCAGGUCUUUGAAGGAACAUAUCAGACCCACUCACCUUAUAGAGAAGAACCUAACAGGCCGACAUGGCUGAGCUCUGCUACAACAAAGGCUGCGGACUCAAAUAUGACGCUGACAAGAACAAUGACGACUCGUGCGUCUUCCAUCCAGGUGUCCCCAUCUUCCACGACGCCUUGAAGGGAUGGUCAUGCUGUAGGAAAAGGACGACAGACUUCUCAGAGUUUCUCUCCAUCAAGGGCUGCACCCGCGGGCGCCAUAGCAACGAGAAGCCUCAGGAGCCUCUGAGGCCGGAGGUGACAUCCGAUAAGACCGACGGCAAACACACCAACGGCCCCGAGAUCAUCUACCAGGGACCCAAAUCUGCAGAGACGCUGCAGAAAGAGAGACCCAGUUCAGAAGAGCCAAAGACCAAGCUGCCUCACAAAGUGUCCGCCUCGCUGUCUCAGGCUCUGGAGAAGAUGGACAUCAGCAAGAGAGUGGAGAGAGAGAAGAAAGAAAGUGAGGCGGUGAUGCACGGGACGCGCUGCAAGAACGCAGGAUGUAAAACAAUGUAUCAGGGCCCGGAGACGGACACGGAGAUCUGCACCCACCACCCCGGAGCGCCCGUCUUCCACGAGGGAUAUAAGUACUGGAGCUGCUGCUGCAUAAAGACGAUAGAUUUCAACGCUUUCCUCGACCAGAAGGGCUGCACCACGGGGAAGCACUGCUGGGUGCCGAAGAAGGACAAGAAGAAGGUGGCAUGUCGACACGACUGGCAUCAGACAGGAAACAAUGUCGUCGUAACCAUUUACGCCAAGAACGCUCACCCACAGUUAACCUGCAUCGAGGCUAACAGGACCAUGCUCACAUGUCAGAUUCAGUUUGAGGACAACAAGAUUUUCAAGAGAGAUUUUCACUUCUGGGGGGUGGUCGAUGUGAAGCAAAGCUCGGUCAACAUGGUCCCAUCCAAAGUGGAGAUCAUCCUCCGCAAAGCCGACAAAGUGGCCUGGGGCAAACUGGAGGACCCCAAAUUCAAAGCUGAACCGGAGCCCGAAAAAGAAAUCGUAACCACAGAAUAUUACCACCCGGACCGGGACAUCGAUGACAACGACAUCAGCGACUCGGACGAGGAGUGGGCCUACGAUUUGCCAGAAAAGAAAGCGCAGGAGGAAAAAGCGGAGAAGAAGAAGAAAGACGAGGAGAUGGAGAAUCAAAGGAGGAAGGAGGUGGAGAAGGAGAUGAGGAGGGCAGCGGAGGAGAGGAGGCGGGCGGAGGAGGAGAGGCAGAAGCUGGAGGAGCAGAGGAGGCUGGAGGAUGAGGGAGGAGAUUACGAAGGCAUGCCAGAGUUAGAGUAAAAAGAUACAAAAGAUCAGAAUUGGUAGAAAUAAGAGCAAAUUAAAGGCAGGGUUGGUCAUUUCCUUCAGAUCCACUUUUAAGAUUUUGGUUGAAAUUGUCUUGACAGAAAUUAAUAACUCAGGUUCUCUGAAAAAGGAAUGAAGAAAAUCCGUCAUCUGUAGCAGUUGUAAGAAUGUAAAAACUUCGACCAAUGUCUGCCACGAGGUACCAAUCUGAUGAACCAAUCAGGCGCCUCCCUGUCUCCCUGCUCGUUCUCUACCCCU